UAGAAGCAUCCAAAGCAAAUUUCGAUGCAGUUGUACACACACUGUCACUGCUACUAACCUGGAGAUCUUCACCAUUUUUUUCACAGAGUAAAACAAAACAUAUCAUAUAAGAAACUACCCCUCUCCUUCUUCCAUUUCAAAAUUUUCUCUCACUCUCCUCUCACUUUCAAAUUCAAAUUUCUAGGGUUCUUAAUUAUCUCUUCUUCCUUCCUCAGUGCAUUUCUCUAUUUUGCUUCUGUGUAGAAAGGAGAGAAUUGAAUGGAACUUGAUUUGUUCUUUCUCUUUCAAUUUCUGUAAACAGGUCUAUCUUCUUAAAUGCUCCUGUUCCUGUUUCUUUUCUUAUCUAAGCUUUCCAGCUACUUAAACAUUCUUCAUUGUCUCUCCUCUGCAAUUUCUUUAAAUUCAAUGCAAUAAGUUUCCAUCUUUCUUUUCGACUUAUUCCAUCAACACAUUCCUUCUUGUUUGAUCAAUCAUGGAAAUUGAGCUGAAAUCAAAAAAGAAACCAGUGAUGGAGAGAAGAAUUGUUCUUUUAAAAGAUUUCUUAAAAGAAGAAAUGAGUUCAUGUUCAUCAAAUGGAUUCAAAUCAUUUCCAAGAAAAACUUGUUGUACUUAUUCAAUCAGACAUCUUGUUGAAAUGGAUCUUAAAUCUAGAGAUCUAACUAAAAACCCUAGUUUCCCUAAAAACCAUCAUCUUCUCAGAAACAAAUCAUCAUCCACAACAACAACAUCAACUACAAUUUCAGCAUUACAAAAAGCUUCAGUUGCUGUAAUCAAUGUAGUCAAGUACUUAACAUUUUCUUCUUCAUCAUCAUCAUCCAGUAAGCUAUCUUCAAUAUCAUCACCAUCGUCAUCAUCAAGGAAACAGGGGAAUUCAUUAUCAAGAAGUGUUUCGAAGAAAUUAAAAAGUACAAGUUUCUGGAGAAAAAAUAACAGUGAAAAGAAUAACAGGAAAGUUGAGAAAGAGAUCAUUAAAGAUGCUGGGAGAGUUAAAGAUAUCAUGAAAUGGAAAUCAUUUCGUGAUUUACAGAAAAGAUCAUCUUCUUCGUUAUCGAUUCAAACAAUUACUACAACUACUAAUACUAUUUAUAGCUGGUCACCAUCAUCAUCCGAUUCAGAAUGUGAUACUCAUCAUUCUCGUGAAUUUAAAUCAUUCAAACACAAAAAAGAUGCAGAUUCUGAUUUACAUUGUUCUUCAUCAGUUAGUAUUAGUACUGGUAUCAGUAGUUCAGUAUGUCCACCUGAAAUUGAUGAUUCAGACAAGCUGAAUCAAAAAUGUAGUACAAACCAAGAAAUUGUGGAAGAAGAAGAAGAAGAAGAAAUUUCAAUUCCAAAGGGAGAUCUGCGGGGUGAGCAGAGCCAUCAGUAUGGGAAGGUCCAGCAAUUUAACAGUCCAGUUUCAACUCUUGAUUUUCCCAGUGAAGAAGAUGAAGAAGAAAGUAGCUCAUCUUCUUCGUCAUCUUUGUUUCAAUCUAGCCUUGGCAACAUGGAAAAGUCGAAGAAAAAGCUUAUGCAGAAAAUCCGUCGGUUUGAGGGCCUUGGCCAACUAGACCCCAUCAAUUUAAGUAAAAGAAUUGCAUCAUUUGAGGCUAUACUGAGCCAUGAUUCUCUUGAAUCACCAAGUGAUAGUUAUGCAUCGUCGAUUUUCACAAGUAAUAGUUCACACGUUAUAUCAUCGGUAUCGGAACAACAAGAAGAGGAAGAGGAGGAAGAAGAAGAAGAUCAAAUGUCCAAAGCAGAAGAAAAGGCGAAAAAGCUCUUUCAAUGUACCAUCAAAGAAACAGCUAGAAAUGAAGAGAAUAACCUCAAAUCAGUUAAUAGUAUUGAGGAUCUUCUUUUGCUUGAUUUCUUCAAAGAUGAAGUCAUGGAAAGAACUACGAAUGAAAGGAUGGUAGUAAGUAAAAGCAGUGAGGAGAAAUUGGACAAUGAGUUGUUGAGAGUAGCCAAGAAUUGGAUGAAUGGACAGUGUGACCCGUUAGACUGGGGUCUUCAAGAUAGCAGAAAAGUUCACGUUAGAGAGAUGGAGAAAGGUGUGCAAUGGAGAAUUAGUAAUGAAGACAUAGUAUUUGAAAUGGAGAUUAUGAUUACGGGUUCGUUAAUGGAUGAAGUGUUAGCUGAACUCUUUAUCUUGAGUUAAUUUUGGUUUAGAAGCACAAAACUACAACCGGACUCCAUUCAAUUCAAGUACAAUUGAAGGGGCAACUACUUCUGCAUCCUUUAUUCUUUUGGAAGAAAGGAAAAUGAAAGAAACAGAUAUACUACUAGUAGUGAUUCGAGAGCUUCAAAAUUGAAAUGGGACUUAGUUUGUGAAUAUCUUAGGAUAAGUUAAGAAGGCUUAAUUCAUUUGAUAGGGUAUUUGGUUAAGAACUACUGGUUCUUUUUCUUUUCUUUUUUUGGUGCCCAACAAUAUGAAAGAAGCCACCUUGAGGACAACUAAACAGUAGUUUUUGAUUCAGUAGGGAAGGGGACCAUCAUCAAUAUUUUCCAGCUUUUAUUCUGUUUAUCUGAAAAUCUACUUCAGACCUCAGUCUUUGUUGCUCUGUGUUAUUUUCUUGAAUCUGUAAACAUAUUACCAGAAGUCCUCCUUGAGUAGAGGCAAUCCUUAAUGAGGAUGGAGAAAGGCAGAAGUGGUUGUUUCUUGGGGGGCAUUUGGCUAAAGUGGAAAUAAAAUAAAACAAUACGCUA